AUGGAUUCAUUAACCAAUCUCCAAUAGAGAGAAUUUAAUGACAAGGAGUUGCUCCUAAAAAAUGAAAAAUUUAUUAAAGAUGCAAACCUUAAUAGUUAAUACUGCAAAGACUUUAGAGAAUCAUUAUCAGAUCAGAUCCAAAAAACCAAAGAGACCAAUUCUAAUCCCAAUCAUCUCUCCUUAUUAUUAAUUCACAAUCAAUCCCUAAUGUAUUCUAGUAAAUUAAAUGAUAACGUGGCCAUUAGUCACAGAAAUGCAAUCUAACCAUUUUUUGGAGCACUGCUAAAAAAGAGUCCUCAUUGGAUUUAAGGUUAUAAAUUAAGAUAGUGUUCAAUUAUAAACAGAGUUUUUAGAUACUUUUCUGCAGAAACUCACAAAUUGGAAGGAGUACUAAAUUUUGAUGUUUAAACUUAUUAACUAAUUGAUAUUAAGGAUAAAUAAGGAAAUGUUAUUGAAUUUAUAAUCAAACCCGUAGGCAAAAUUGAAAAGGUCUUCCAAUUCAAAGGUUCCAAUUUCCAAGAAACAACCAAAUGGUUUCAGAUUAUUCAACUGCAUUUGCAAGAUUCCUUUGGAACACUCAACAAACUAACAUCUCUGUGUCUCUAUGAAAAGUUCUGGAGACAUGAACGAAUAUCAGCUUAGUAGCUCGAUGAGGAAGCUGAGGAUGGUGAUUUAUUGCUAUUCAGAGGGAAAAGCUUUAAUUGUUAACUCCAGCGUGCCUUAACUCAGAAUGAUUAUGAUCACAUUGGAUUACUAAUCAAAAUUGAACCAGACAGACUCUUUAUAUUCGAAUCACUUCCAACCAACGGAGUAAGUCUCUGCGAAUGGAAGACUUUCAACACUAAAGAAUGGUAUAAGCUAUAUGAAAAAAUAGUUUAUAGAAGACUCAAGGCCAAUAGAUCAGCAGCUUUUAAAACGAAACUAUUAGAUUUUGUCACUAAUAAUUUGGGUAAAGAAUUUUCUUGUGCUCCUUCUAAAUUAUUGUUGUAAAACUCAACUACUCUUGGAGAUGUAAACUUAGAGGCUGCUAAAUAGUUUAACAGAACUUAUUUUUGUUCUGAAUUGAUUGCGAAAAGUUACAAAACUUUAGGAUUCUUACCCAAAAGUGUCUCGUCCACCUAAUAUUGGCCAGGCUCUUUCUCAUAAAAAAAUCCUAAACUUAAGCUAGAAUAAGCUGAGUUAAGUGAUGAAUUUUUAAUUGACUUUUGUAUAUGA